AUGGAACUUUCGUUGACGUGCCAGCCGGCCGGAUCGAUCGCUCACUGGCUACUGGCGGCACACGGUGAAAAGUGUUUUGAAACGUUUUUGUCUGGGGCCAAGAUAUUGUCGUACAGCAGCAUUUGGAAAACGGUGUGUGCGUAGAAUGUCUCCUCCGCGGCUGACAGGAGCUCUUCGCUCCUUCUCUCAUGUCACCAGGAAGGAGGACUUCAAUGAGAAGUUCAGUGAUCUCAAGACUAAACGUUUGAAGAAACAGGAGCUGUUUGCAAGAGAAGGGCUCACAUGGCAGAAGAUUUUACAUUUCUGCACUGAUCAUCAGGACAAAGUGAAGCAACAUGCUGCCCAUCAGGAAUUAAAGAACCUUCUUUCUGCAGCCAAACAGAUAGUGGGGACUGAAAAUGGUCAAGAGGCUAUUGAACAUGCGGCUGUCUUUCUGCUUGAGACAUUCCACAACAAAGACCAUGUGGGCACAGAGGAGACUCGGGCCGUUAAGCAGAUGUUUGGCCCUUUUCCCUCAUCUGUUGCCGACAUUUCUCUUGCUUGUGUGGCACGGCUGGUGGAUUCACUUAGGGAUUCCCGAAUUGAUGAAUUUAUCCAGUCGUAUUGCUCCCGUCACAAACUUCAACAAGGGCCUUCUUUCGGACGUAACAUUGCUUUUUCCCAUGAGUGCUAUAUGCUCGACCCGCUUGAAGAACUGCCCUCCUCUGGCAUCCAAAAUCAAAACAUGAGCUUGGACUUUCCCAACUUCCUAAACAACCAACAAAGUCGCAUGGAUGUUGUCAACGAGGGAGAGAUGUUUGCCAUAGAAAAAUCUUUGAUGAAUGGAACUAUCCUCAGGACAGAAGUGGAGAAAUAUCUGAAUGAAGGAAAUAUGAUAUCAUCUAGCCCAGAGGGUCUGUGCACCUCCCUAUUUGAAAUGCUUGCCUCUCACAAAAGCAACGAUGAGCUGCAGAAUGAGUUAUUUGAGCUGCUUGGCCCAGAAGGUCUAGAAAUGAUCUCCACACUUCUGAAGCAAAGGGUAGUUAUUGUUGACUCCCUGCUAAACAUCCCACCGCUUUCCCAGCUACAAUCAGGUAAUUUACAAGAUUUCAUCCAAAAAGUCAGUGACGAAGUUACAAGGCCCACCUACGGCUGUCAGGUGACCAUUCACUCUGAACAAGAAAGACAUUUGAUGAAGAUAUUUCGCAGGGAAGAGAAGAGAGAUAGGAAGAGGGGAAAAGGAACUGAUGAUGUGGAAUUCUCAGAUGCUAUCUUGAACUUUGACCCAAAAGAGAUGAGAGCCCAGCGGGAGCAGGCUCUGUUGACUUCACGACACGAACCUAUACUUGGUAGAGAGAGAGUGUAUGAACGGAUUAAAUACCCAAAUGUCUAUGAUGGCUAUGCAGAUGCCACAAAGACAUCGGCCUUCGUUGGAGGAGCAAGGAUGCUGCUACCUGACGGUAUCCGCAGAGAUAAUACUAAAAUGUACGAAGAGGUGGAGAUUCCACCCAAUGAAACAAUGCCUAUUGGCUUUGAAGAGAAACCGAUCUACAUCUCUGAACUGGAUGAGGUUGGACAACUGGUAUUCAAAGGAAUGAAGCGUCUUAACAGGAUCCAAUCAUUGGUGUUUGAGACUGCCUACAACACCAACGAAAACCUUCUCAUCUGUGCCCCAACUGGUGCUGGCAAGACCAACAUCGCCAUGCUGACUGUCCUUCACGAGAUUCGGCAACACCUACAACCAGGCGGUGUCAUCAAAAAGGAUGAAUUCAAGAUAGUGUAUGUUGCGCCAAUGAAGGCUUUGGCAGCUGAGAUGACCAACUAUUUCAGUAAACGAUUGGAGCCGCUGGGCAUCACUGUCAAAGAACUCACUGGUGACAUGCAGCUAACCAAAGGGGAAAUUCUACGAACACAGAUGUUAGUGACCACCCCAGAGAAGUGGGACGUUGUGACAAGAAAGAGUGUUGGAGAUAUUGCUCUAUCCCAGAUCGUACGUCUCCUAAUCUUGGAUGAAGUUCACCUUCUUCAUGAAGAUCGAGGACCAGUACUGGAGAGCCUUGUGGCCCGGACCAUCAGACAGGUGGAAUCCACACAGAGUAUGAUUAGGAUUCUGGGAUUAUCAGCCACUCUUCCCAACUAUCUAGAUGUGGCCACCUUCUUGCAUGUCAACCCGUACAUUGGCCUCUUCUUCUUCGACCAUCGUUUCAGACCAGUGCCGCUCGGACAGACCUUUGUUGGCAUUAAAUCUACUAACAAGAUCCAGCAAAUUCAUGACAUGGAGGAAGUUUGCUAUAACAAGGUUGUUGAACAAGUCAAAGCAGGUCAUCAGGUAAUGGUGUUCGUCCAUGCUCGUAAUGCCACAGUGAGGACAGCCAUGGGGCUAAUAGAGAUGGCUAAGAACCAUGGAGAAACAUCUGUCUUUCAACCACACCAGGUUUCAGACUACGGCCAGUGUGAAAAACAGAUCCAUCGGUCCAGAAACAAGCAAAUGAAGGAGAUGUUUCCAGAAGGUUUUGGGAUCCACCAUGCAGGCAUGCUGCGGGCUGACCGCAAUCUAAUGGAGAGUAUGUUCUCUCGAGGGUACCUUAAGGUGCUUGUCUGUACUGCCACCCUGGCCUGGGGAGUGAACCUACCAGCCCAUGCUGUUAUCAUUAAGGGGACACAGAUUUACGAUGCCAAGCGUGGUACCCUGGUGGAUCUGGGCAUCUUGGAUGUGAUGCAGAUCUUUGGCCGUGCAGGACGUCCACAGUUUGACAAGAAUGGGGAGGGCACCAUCAUUACGACCCAUGACAAGCUCAGCCAUUACCUGACCCUGCUCACCCAGCAGAACCCCAUCGAGAGUCAGUUCCUUGACAGCCUGGCUGACAACCUCAAUGCUGAGAUUGCUUUGGGAACAGUCACCAAUGUGGAUGAGGCGGUGAAGUGGCUCAGUUACACUUACCUCUAUGUGCGCAUGAGGGCUAAUCCACUUGCAUAUGGUAUCAACUACAGGGCCUUGCAGAUGGAUCCCUCCUUAGAGCUGUACAGAAAAGAACUGGUGGUAGAUUCUGGCAGGAAGUUGGACAAAGCCAGGAUGAUCCGCUUUGAAGAGCGCACAGGUUACUUUGCCUCCACUGACCUGGGGAGGACAUCCAGCCACUUCUACAUCAAAUACAACACUAUAGAGACAUUCAAUGAACAUUUCAACUCUCAGCGGACAGAAGCUGACAUCCUCAGUAUUGUCUCCAAGGCUGAAGAAUUUGAACAGCUAAAGGUUCGUGAUGAAGAGAUGGAGGAGCUGGAGCAGAUGCUGUGCAACUACUGUGAGCUACCUGCGGCAGGUGGAGUGGAAAAUGGCUAUGGCAAGGUCAACAUUCUGUUGCAGACAUACAUAAGUCGCGGAGAUGUGGACAGCUUCUCCCUAAUCUCAGACCUUUCAUAUGUUGCCCAGAAUGCUGCUCGAAUUGUCAGGGCAUUGUUUGAGAUUGCUCUAAGAAAGCGUUGGCCGGCCAUGACGUAUCGACUGCUCACGCUCUGCAAAGUCAUUGACAAGCGGCUUUGGGGCUUUGCCCACCCUCUUCGCCAGUUCUCCAACUUGAGCCACAUUGUACUGACUCGACUGGAGGAAAAGAAGCUCACUGUUGAUCGACUAAAGGAUAUGCGGAAAGACGAAAUUGGCCACAUGCUGCAUCAUGUAAACAUUGGCUUGACCGUCAAACAGUGCGUCCAUCAGAUCCCUUCGAUCACAAUGGAGGCCAAUGUUCAACCGAUCACACGAACUGUCCUACGCGUCCGUCUCAUUGUCACACCUGACUUUCGUUGGAAUGAUCAGGUGCAUGGGUCUGUGGGUGAGCCAUGGUGGCUAUGGGUGGAGGACCCAAUUAAUGAUCACAUCUACCACUCUGAAUACUUCCUCCUCCAGAAAAAGCAGGUGGUGAUAGGGGAACCCCAGCACAUUGUGUUCACCAUUCCCAUUUUUGAACCUCUCCCCUCUCAGUACUACAUCAAGGGAGUGUCUGACCGUUGGCUUGGUGCUGAAGCCAUCUGCAUCAUCAACUUCCAGAACCUUAUCUUGCCUGAGCGGCACCCCCCCCACACCGAGUUGUUGGACCUGCAGCCGUUGCCAGUGACAUCUUUGGGAUACCGGGAGUAUGAAAGCUUGUACAAGUUCACGCACUUCAAUCCCAUCCAGACACAGAUCUUCCACACACUGUAUCACACUGACACUAAUGUCCUGCUUGGGGCACCAACGGGCUCUGGAAAGACCAUCGCUGCUGAGCUGGCCAUGUUCAGAGUCUUCAACAAGUACCCAAGCUCUAAGGUGGUGUAUAUCGCCCCUCUUAAAGCGCUGGUCAGAGAAAGAAUUGAGGACUGGAAAGUCAGGAUCGAGGAGAAACUGGGAAAGAAAGUGACAGAACUGACGGGCGAUGUGACCCCAGAUAUGAGAGCUAUCGCGCAGGCUGACCUCAUUGUCACCACACCGGAGAAGUGGGAUGGAGUCAGCAGAAGCUGGCAAAACAGAAGCUACGUUCAGAAAGUCGCGAUCCUGAUCAUUGAUGAAAUCCACCUGCUUGGGGAAGAUAGAGGUCCAGUGUUGGAAGUCAUUGUGUCAAGGACCAACUUCAUCUCCUCCCACACCUCUAAAGGUGUUCGAAUUGUCGGUCUCUCCACUGCUCUGGCUAAUGCGCGAGACCUUGCUGACUGGUUGGGAAUCAUACAGGUGGGUUUGUUUAACUUCCGUCCUUCUGUUCGCCCUGUCCCGCUGGAGGUUCACAUUCAUGGUUUCCCGGGACAGCACUACUGCCCUCGCAUGGCCACCAUGAACAAACCCACCUUCCAAGCAAUAUGUAGUCAUUCUCCAUCUAAGCCAGUGCUGAUCUUUGUCUCAUCCCGACGUCAAACCCGACUGACAGCCCUGGACCUCAUUGCAUACCUGGCGACAGAAGACAACCCCAAACAGUGGCUGCAUCAGGACGAGAGAGAAAUUGAGGACAUCAUUGCCACAGUACGGGAUUCUAACUUGAAGCUAACUUUGGCAUUUGGAAUCGGGAUGCAUCACGCUGGCCUGCAUGAGCGAGACAGAAAAACUGUGGAGGAACUGUUUGUCAAUUGCAAAAUCCAGGUUUUGAUUGCCACAAGCACUCUGGCUUGGGGAGUCAACUUCCCUGCUCAUCUGGUGGUUGUCAAAGGAACUGAAUACUAUGAUGGAAAAACCAGACGAUAUGUUGACUACCCCAUUACAGAUGUUUUGCAGAUGAUGGGGCGAGCAGGUCGACCACAGUUUGAUGACCAGGGCAAAGCAGUUAUUCUUGUCCAUGACAUCAAAAAAGAUUUCUACAAGAAAUUUCUCUAUGAGCCUUUCCCUGUUGAGUCCAGCCUCCUCAGCGUGCUGUCAGACCAUCUGAAUGCAGAGAUAGCUGCAGGGACCAUCUCUUCCAAGCAAGAUGCAAUGGACUACAUCACCUGGACUUACUUUUUCAGACGACUGGUGAUGAACCCCAGUUACUACAGCUUGGAAAACAUCAGUCAUGAUUCCAUUAACAAGUAUCUCUCCGGCCUGGUGGAAAGGAGCCUACGGGACUUGCAGUGCUCCUACUGCAUUGAAAUAAAAGAGGAUGACCGGACGAUUGAACCUUUGAGUUAUGGUCGCAUUGCAUCAUAUUACUACCUGAAGCACCAGACCAUCCGCUUGUUUAAAGAAAGACUGAGAGCUGAACUUCCCAUCCACGAGAUUCUUUCCAUUUUGACAGAUGCAGAAGAGUAUGCAGAGCUCCCUGUGAGACACAAUGAAGACCAACUCAACAGCCAGCUGGCUCAACAGCUCCCCCUGAAGGUCAACCCCCACUCCUAUGACAGUGCCCACACAAAGACCCACUUACUGCUUCAGGCUCACUUCAGCCAUGCCCAGUUACCAUGCAGCGACUACUCAACUGAUACCAAGACUGUUCUGGACAAUGCCAUCCGAAUCUGUCAGGCCUUACUUGAUGUAGCAGCCAAUGAGGGCUGGCUUGUUACGGCUUUAAGCAUCUGCAACCUGGUGCAGAUGAUUGUCCAAGGCCGCUGGCUGCAUGAUUCUUCAAUACUGACCCUGCCACAUUUGGAGCAACAGGACCUCUACCUGGUCAGGAAAUGGUCAAACCAGAACAGGAGGGGAAACACUGGAUCCUACAAUGGACCAAUCGAAGGGCUUCCUGAGCUGAUAGCUGCCUGCAGUGGAAAGGAAAGCAUUUUUGCAGCAAUGGUUGGUCAUGAGUUCCCUUCAAGUCAUGUUACUCAGAUGUGGGACUUCCUCAGUCAUCUUCCAGUGCUGGAGGUUGUGUUGAGUGUCAAGGGCCGGUGGGAGGAGAGCCAACAGCAAACAGAACGCCACGUGCCAGCUGCAGGAGCAAACCUGAGGGAGGCCAGGAGCUGGCUGGAUGUCCACGCUGACCAGGAGUAUGUUUUGCAGGUGUCACUGAGACGCAUCAACCAGGGCCAGACGAGGAGGAAGCAGGACACUAAGGCUCAGGCCCCGAGAUUCCCGAAGGUGAAAACUGAAGGCUGGUUCCUUGUUGUUGGUGAAGUGGAUCACAAGGCGCUACUGGCAGUCAAACGAAUCGGAUACGUGCGCAACCACUCAACAGUGUCUGUGGCCUUCUACUCACCAGAGAAGACUGGAAAAUGCAUCUACACACUCUACUUGAUGAGCGACAGCUACCUGGGCCUGGACCAGCAGUAUGACAUUCAUCUCAAUGUGAUACCAGCCAGCGUCACUCCCCAGGUCAACACAGAGGUCGCGGACUAGAUUACACGAUCCCCCCCCCUCGGGCCGCUGUUGGCUCUUCAAAAAUUCCGCUACCUUUGAUUGAUACUUAUGUAAAGACCAGCAAGGAUGUUAUCGUGACACUGAAAUUGUUUCUGUAAGUCUCCAGUCUGUGGACAUAGUGAUCAAGAAAUUAAGAUGGAGUCGGGUUGUUUCAUGCUUCCAGUCAUUCUUAAAAGCCCUGUAACAGCUGUUUUUUUUUUUUUUUUCCCCCGCACGACUUUUAUUUGCUGGUCAUGUGGCCAGAAAUGAAGAGAAGAAAAUAAAGAGGAGGAGAAAACAGAUAUUAUCUCAACUGUAUUAUUAUUUUUUUUACUUACUACUUUACAUUUACAGAGCACAGAAAGUGGCGUGUCUUGGGUUGCGGUUGAUCCGUGUGGAGCUGGUACCAGGUCCACCUCGGUCCUGCGAAAGUGUCCUUGAGCAAGAUAAUGCAAACCCAGUUCUUCCUGAUACUGUGCCAACGACCUGUUAGCUUUCUUUCCAUGACAAAAUGCGACAAAAACCUAAAAGGGUCGAAAAGUUUUUCCUCAACGCAGCACAUUGAGCAUGUUUUGCUUUUCUAAACCCUUCGAAGCACAUGCAUUGCAUUAUUGGAAAUGGGGGUCUUACAGUUGACAUAUUUUUAUUUUUCAAGUACUACAACUGCCUCCUGAAGUGGAAAAAAAACAUUCAAGAUUCUAAAUGCACCAUUUGUGUAAAUGUUUGUCACCCCAUGGUGGAAUUCUCGAUGGGCAAAUAAAACUU